AUGUACCGUGCUAGUGCUGGUACCAUACGAAAUUCGGGGCAAAUGCCACAAAGUGUCGACAGCCGUGUACAUUCACACWGUCGCCGCCUCAAAACGUCGACACUCCUGUUUGCCGCGAAUGGCUCCACCGUAUCCAGUUACGGUGAAGUCAUGCUYAAACUUAAUCUUAACUUGCGGAGGGAAUUCCUCUGGAAUUUUAUUGUCGCAGACGUAUCGCAAGGCAUUCUUGGUGCCGAUUUUCUUGGGUACUAUGGCUUKAUUGUCGAUUUGCAAGGCCAGGGUCUUGUCGAUCGCACAACAUCGCUUAAAUCACCGURUAUAUUAACGCAAGGCCAAUUAUCGAAAAUCUCAACAAUCAACGCUUCGCAAAAAUUCUCAGGUAUUCUGAAGGAAUUUUUAGAACUCACGUGUCUACCAGCGSCAGGCAGUCGAACAGACGCUUCCAUAGUUCAUCAAAUCACUACCACCGGUCAACCUGUUUGUGCCAGGCCGCGACGUCUAUCACCGGAGAAGCUCGCCGCUGCACGCGCAGAGUUCGAAUUACUAAUCAACCUCGGCAUUUGUCGCCCUUCAAAACAGCAGCUGGGCGAGCCCGCUCCAUCUCGUUCGGAAAGCUGA